AUUCUCCUCUGUGAUUGGUCAGCACAUUGUGAUGGCAAGCCAAAGGCCAAAAGAGUAUAAGUCCUGUGAAAUGUUCCUGUCUCUGCUGAAAAAACAGAGGUGGACUUCAAGUAAGGAAGGCUGUCCCUCUGUCCAGAGCACUGUCUGCAAUCCACUGGACCCAGGAUUUCCCCAGAAACUCAGCCAUCUGACUUCUCAUAACCUCUUUCUAAGGAGCCAGUGGAUAACAAGACAUUCAGAGCUCUAUCCUCAAAGCCAGGAUCUUCAGUUUGGAAGCUGCGAGUCUUUGAUUGGAGUGCCAUUAUUUGUGCUCAGUCAUGGGUCAGCUGUUUGCUUCACAAAAGCCUGAAUACCAAGAUUUGGCUUCCAGCUUUACUGCAUAUUUUAAGAAGUUUAAGACACAAACCGGUAUCAUUCCCCAGGAAACUAUCACUUCAGUUGAAUUAAGCCUAAAAAAUGGAAACAUCCAGGAGGCAAACGCUGCAAUCAGCAAUGCAUUAAGAGAAAUUGAUAGUACCUCACUCAAUGUUGCUGUGACCGGAGAGUCUGGAUCUGGGAAGUCUAGCUUCAUCAAUACCAUGAGAGGAAUUGGGCAUGAAGAAGAAGGUGCAGCUCAGGUUGGAGUGGUGGAAAUGACCAUGAAGAGAUAUCCAUACAAACACCCCAAUAUUCCCAAUGUGGUUUUUUGGGACUUGCCUGGGAUUGGAACAACAAAUUUCCCACCAAAAGAUUAUCUGGAGAAAAUGAAAUUCAAUGAGUAUGACUUCUUCAUUAUUAUUUGUGCCACACGCUUUAAGAACAACGAUAUAGAACUUGCCAAAGCUAUCAGCAUGUUGAAGAAGGAUUACUAUUUUGUAAGAACUAAGGUGGACUCUGACUUAAGAAAUGAAGAGGAAUGCAAGCCACGAACCUUUGACCGAGAAAAAGUCCUGCAGCAGAUCCGCAGCAACUGUGAGAUGAACUUUAAGGAGAGUAAUAUUAAUGAACCACCCAUCUACUUGAUCUCCAACAGAAAUAUACAUGACUAUGAUUUCCCAGUCCUGAUGGACAGGCUGGUAAAUGAUCUUCCUGUACACAAGCGACACACUUUUAUGCUUUCCUUGCCCAAUAUUAAAGAUUCAGCCAUUGAAAAGAAGCGGCAGACGCUGAAGCAAAGGAUUUGGCUCGAAGCCUUUGCAAAUGACCUGCUGAGUAUCAUCCCUUCACUGAUGUUCUUAUUGGAAAGUGAUGUGCAGAGUCUUAAGAAAAGCAUGAAGCACUAUCGAAGUGUGUUUGGAGUGGAUGAUGCAUCCUUGCAGAGUUUGGCUGAGGACUGGGAAAUACCAGUGGAUCAGCUCGAGGCAAUGAUGAAAUCUCCUCAUGUGUUCAAAACUACAAAUGAAGAAACAAUGAACGAAAGGCUUUCAAGAUAUUUUCAGGAGUACUGUCAGGCUAAUGGCCAUUUAGUUACUAAGAAUUUUUAUCUUAAAGAAUUAUUUUACCUGAAAUUUUGUUUCCUUGACAUGGUGACUGAGGAUGCGAAUACUCUUCUCAAAGAGAUAUGUUCAAGAAACAACUUGGAUUCUAAUUAGGCUGAAGUCUGUGGCUGUCAAAAAUCAAAACCAAUGACAGAAUAAGAGAGUCUUAUAUUACAAAACAAUAUACUGGGUUUAUUCAGGCUAUCCAGGCUUUAUCCAUAUUUAGUGAUGAUAUUUUCAGAUUAGCUGUAGCAAAAGGAUCAGAUAUGUGUAAAUAAGCUGAGAAUUAAAAACCAUCGACUCACUUUGAAUAAACCCUCAGAUCAAUUAAACUUACUUUGAUUUGAAUUUAAUGUAAAAUCAGCAUCAUUUUUUUUAGGUUUGACAUUGUGAUGGUUAGUGUUGUCAACUUGACAGCCUCUAGAAUCACAUGGAAGAUAAGCCCCUUGCUUGCACUUGGGAAUUUAUUUUGCUUAUGUGGCACCAUUCUCUAGCUGGCGAUCUUUAACUGUGUAUGCACACAAGGGGCUAAGCUGCAGCAUAGCUGCACUCAUCCACAGCUCUCUACUCUUUUUAACUGCGGCUGGAGCGGCACUCGCUGCCUCAGGCUACUGCUGUGACUUCUUGAUAGUAAUGGCCUACGUAACCUUAAAUGUGAUACUGUGGGCUCUCUGGAUAGAGAUAUAUAGCAAAGGAGAAACCCUAACUGGAUGGGAGAGAUGGGUCAGUAGAUGAAGCACUUGUCUUGCAAGGCUGAAGACCUGCGUUCAGUUUCCCAGAGCCCACAUAAAGCCAACUAAACAUCUGUAAUCCGUGCACUCCUAUGGUGAGAUGGGAGGCAGAAACAGGAGAAUCUUAGAGGUUCAUGGCUCCAGCUACCCUGCCACAUGCAGCAGUGAAUAACAGAUGCUGACACAGGCAAGAGGAACGUAAAAGCCGAAAUGCAAGAUUGGCCUCUGAUUUCUGAACACACACCACGCCACGUUCACGCCUGCAGCCACACACGCAAAUGCACACACACGAAAAGCUUUUCUUCAUUAAAAAAGAAGGAAGGUUUGGGGCGGUAGCUCAGUAGUAUAACACUUGCUUUGCAUGCAUGAAACCUCAAGUUCAAUCCCUAGCAUUCCAGAGAAAAGUUAAAGGGGUUGAAGGAGGUGGCUGGAGAGAUGGCUCAGAGGUUGGUUAAGAACAAUGGAUACUCUUGCAGAGGAUCCAGGUUCAACUCCCAAAACCCACACCAUAUCUCACGGUCGUCUGUCACUCCUGUUCCAGGAGAUCUGGGGAGCUGAUACCCUCUCCUCACCUCCACAGGCACCAGGCACACAUGAGAUGAACAGACAUGCAGGAAAGGCAAACGUACGCACAAUAAAAGUAAGUAAAGAAAAAUUUAAAUAUAUGUUUAAGUAAAAAGUAGGAAAGAGAAGCAAUAACCUAAAUAUCAGAAUAAUAAUGACUAAGAAACUCCUUUAAAAUACUAUUUAGUCAGAAUCCUUUAAAAAAAUACUGAAGAAGCUCUCUAAUUAUGACAGGACCAGUGUAGAUGAUGAAAUUUCUCUAACUUGUAAUGACAGCUGUUUUGACUGCUUUGAUAAUAAAUGACUGAUUUACUCUAUAUCAAUACCAAAAUCCAUUUAAUAAAGUCUUCCUGAGGGAAAAAAA